GUUUUUGUAUAGUAUCCUUCCUCUUAACAUGCAAACCUGAAACUUUCCUUAGGUUCACGAGUUUAUUUACAAAUGUUUUAAUUAUUGUGAUGUGUUAUUUUGGUGUUAGGCCGCAUCAAGCUUAUUUAACUAAGCUCAAGUUGGAAUCAGAAACAAGAGCAUCCUUCUUCAUUUACACAGGGCUUUUAAGAUGGUGAUAAGAAGUGUGGAUCUACGAUCAGACACCGUGACAAGACCCACUGAUGCUAUGCGCGAAGCAAUGGCUAGUGCUGAGGUGGACGAUGACAUACUUGGCUAUGAUCCAACAGCUCGACAUCUCGAAGAGGAGAUGGCUAAGAUGAUGGGUAAAGAGGCAGCUCUCUUCGUGCCAUCUGGUACAAUGGGGAAUCUGAUAUGCGUUAUGGUUCACUGCGAAGUGAGAGGCAGCGAGGUGAUUCUUGGAGACAACAGCCACAUCCAUGUUUACGAGAAUGGAGGGAUAUCAACAAUCGGUGGCGUGCAUCCCAAGACAAUCAAGAAUGAAGAAGACGGGACGAUGGACUUGGGGGCUAUAGAAGCAGCUAUUAGAGACCCUAAAGGAAGCACGUUUUAUCCAUCUACAAGGUUGAUUUGCUUGGAGAACACACACGCCAACUCUGGUGGGAGAUGUUUGAGUGCUGAAUACACAGAUAGAGUUGGACAGAUUGCGAAGAGACAUGGACUAAAGCUUCAUAUCGAUGGAGCUCGCCUCUUUAAUGCUUCCAUUGCACUUGGAGUUCCUGUCCAUAGGCUUGUAGAGGCUGCUGACUCUGUUUCGGUGUGUCUCUCUAAAAGUCUUGGAGCUCCGGUAGGAACUGUAAUCGUUGGCUCACAUACUUUCAUAGAAAAGGCGAAAACGUUAAGGAAAACAUUAGGUGGAGGAAUGAGACAAAUAGGCGUUUUGUGUGCAGCCGCUUUGGUCGCAAUCCAAGAGAACCUCCCAAAGCUACAAUUUGACCACAAGAAGGCAAAGUUGUUAGCUGAAGGGUUGAAUCAAAUGAAAGGGAUUAGAAUAAACGUUGCAGCCGUGGAGACUAACAUGAUAUUCAUGGAUAUGGAGGAUGGAUCAAGACUUACUGCUGAGAAACUGCGCAAGAGUCUAACGGAGUGUGGCAUUCUCGUCCUCCCAGGAAACUCAUCUCGGAUCAGAAUGGUUGUACACCACCAGAUAACAAUAAGUGACGUACAUUACACAUUGUCUUGCUUACAACAAGCAAUGCAAAUGAUUCAGGAACCAAGCCUAAACCAAACCGGCAAAACCGAAAAUGCUCUCUCUUUUUAAAUGUUGUUUGUCUAAGUUAUUUCUAAUUGUAAACAAUAAGGAUCGCUCGAUCUGUCAAUGUAAUUGUCAUCCUAUGAUCUCCUCCAUUUUAUUAUGAAACAUCCUCACAGUUGCAAGAAAA